CCCCCAUAUCGCAAAACUUGAAAUACGAUGUGUACUCCGCGGCCCUAAACAGAAACAAACAAAUGAUAUAACAAGCAACGGGACACACGAUGCUGUUAUCUUCAGCGCCCAUCGGCUCCGAGAUCUUCGCCGGCAUCUGCCUCAUCGUCAUAUCGCUCGCCGUCAUCUUGGUACUGCGCUACUACCUGCCCUUACGAACCACACCCGCAUACAUACUCGUGCCUAUCUUCUUCGCCUUAGCAUUACCGACGAGCAUAGUUUUACUAGUACCCAUAGACCUCGCAUCGAACGCCGGCACCGACGAUGGAACAAGAGGUAUCUGGCUGCAGGAGCGCGCCCUCCUCGUCUCCUGGAGGAUCACAUACUGGCUCACCUUCGGCCUGACCUGGUUCAUCCUCCCCAUCCUCGCUGAGUUCUCAGAUGCCGGACACCGCGACGUCCAGGCGAAGCUGAUGUACUCUCUGCGCUCAAACGCCAAAUACCAAGCCAUGGUUUUCGGAUCGGGUAUCCUGGGUCUGAUCUACGUCUUCAUCUCGGCCGGUGUGACGCCGACUUCGUUGAAGGCGCUGAUAAUGGCAUUGGCGUAUGUGUGGGGUUUGAUUCUGGCUAUUUACUUGAUGGGACAUGGAUUGGUGGCGAUUCCUCGGUCGUUGUUCCGGAAGGCGGAUAUUAGUGAGAGUUUGCGACGCAUACAAGCUUCGGCUCCGAAGAUCCAUGAAUCUAUGGAUGAUUCGAUUGAGAGAUUGGAGGUGCUAGAGGCGCAGGUUACGUUGCUGAGCCAGAGGAAAUCAGGAACUGCUAUGCAUUUCCAGGAAUGGAUUGAAGAACUUGGAGAUCUCUGUAACUUACCAGAGUCACGACCGAGGACGACGUCGCGACGGAUGUCGAUACCAGCAGUGUCCGUGCCGACUGUUAUAACAGAAAAUUACCUUGCAGAUCUUACAAGAUCUCUCACCAGAGCCCGUCAUAAGCGAAUCCGAUACAUGGAUGAAUGGGACAGACUGGUCCAAAACUCCGUCGCAACCCAGGCUAUCCUGGACUCUGCAGCUUCCAAAAAACUCGAGAUUGCGGCAUCUUCCCCUCGCGCAUCGUUCUUUGAGCGCCUCACUCUCUUCACGCCAUAUACUCGUUAUUUAUAUUAUUAUCACAUGGUUCCAUACAUGAGGAUCCUUUUCGGCGGCCUCUUGUCCCUGGCUUCAGUAUGCAUCGUCUGGUCUGAAGUCAUCAAGCUGGUCAGCUCGAACCUCUCCGUCAUAUCACGGACCGUAGUUCACCAUCCCAACAGCGACCGCGGCCAAAUCGGGUUUCUGGGGCAGAUGAUCGCAGCAGGGUGGAUUUUCUACAUGUGCGCCGCAGCUCUAACAUCCAUGACCGAAGUCAAAGUCUGGCGCGGCCGCGCGCUCGUCAGGCGCAACACAGGCUACGAAUCGGCAUUCUGGUACGCCAUGCAAGUCGCCCGUCUCUCCGUCCCCCUCUCCUACAAUUUCAUGACCUUCCUCACCCCCGACGUCUACGAGGAGACAGUCUUCUACAAGUUCCUUGGUAAACUCAUCAACCUUACACCCCUGGGCAUGGGUUUUGAUUACCUCUUCCCCAUCUUCAUUCUUAUCCCCGUCUCCGCUACCCUAUUCAACCUCUACGGCAAGGCGAAGCGCAUGCUGGGGUUCAGCCACGACGACGAAAGCGACGACAAUGAAAACGUCACCGGCUACGGCACCGGCGGCGGGUGGCGCGAAGGUCGCGACCUCAUCGAGCGCGAAGUCGGCGGGAGCGCUUCGCUCGCGCACUUGCGCAAUCCGCGAGUUGGGGCUGGUAAUAGUAGCAACGGCCCCGCCAUCGCUGCGUCUAACCUUGCGUCACGCUCAACAGCUGCGUCGAGGGUGAAUUCGAGUGUCCGGCCGCAUGUUAAUGAGACUGGGGAUGAGGGGUUCUUCGGGUCGUUCGGACAUAGAGUGAGGAAUACGAUUGAUACUAUUGAGACGCCGGAGUGGAUUCAGGGGCUGAGUGAGGGGAUUAAGAAACCGAAGUGGAUGGGUGGGGAUGGGGAGUCGGGACACUCGAGGGGGGAGGGGAGUGUGACUAGGUUGUUUGGGGGCGGGGGUCAGGAUGGGAGGGUGAGGUUGUAAGUAUGUAUUAAUUUUAGUUGCUGGAAGGCGACUAUGUAUGUAUGAUGAUGGGGUGUUUUGAUUGGGGGUUGGAUUUUUAUAUAGACGAGCUCGAUAACUGAAGUUUGGGGACUGCAGGAGAGAUGACGGGUUGUCUCGUUCUUUGCGUACGAUAGUAUUACAUACAUUUUUUUGGGUGACCCUGGUCACUCAGUUAUUUAUUGGUGAUAUUAACGAGAAAAGCUUGGGGAUAUGAGUCGGAUGCAUUUUUUUUAUCUCUACCACCCAACACACCUGGGACGAGGCGAAAGCUAGAAGAUCGUGGCGGCCCCCGAGCAGUACAGUUUCACACGACAAGGCAACUGGCGCGUACCCUCGCCAUGCAGUUGAAACCUGGAACCCUGUACAUGGUUCGGGCCCCUUCCAUCCCUAGAUGGUGGUAGAGGCUACAAGACGAGGAAGGUAACGGGGUAAAGCUGGUGGAGUUGACAAAAUAGAGGUGACAGCAUAAACUAGCGACGGUGAGAAGAGUUGGCAGAAUCAAAAAUGGAGUUGCUGUUGGCCAACCACGACCAAGGAACAUGUUGUAGGAUAUAGUGCCGUAAAUGAUAAAAAACUCGAUAAUCCAUUCGAUACCAGCGACUUUGACUGGCAAUAGCACAUACUGGGUGCCAUAAACCUGCGAAGGCGAUAAGUAUUAGCUGUGGAAAUCUGAGGAACGAAUUAUGUCCUCAAUAAGCUCUUCUAGCGAUUUGGUUGAUCUGUCCACUUCCGCUAUCACACGAAAUGGGAUCAGCU